ACAACUUCCGGUCGUAACCAAACAAAACAUCCGACCAAAUUAGCCGAGUCUAGUCUGUUGUCUCGACGAUGGGUGAGGCCGACCUGACACAGAACCAAGCCGACGAGAAGCCCCCGGACGCGUCCUUGGUCCCCGGCGAGGAGUCAGUGGUGUGGAGCCACGAGGUGGAGGUGUGCCUUUUCCACGCCAUGAUCGGACACAAGCCUGUCGGAGUGAACCGUCACUUUCACAUGAUCUGCAUCCGAGACAAGUUUAGUCAGAACAUCGGCCGCCAGAUCUCCUCUUCGGUCAUCUGGGAUCAUCUUGGAACCAUGUAUGACAUGCAGGCACUGCACGAGUCGGAGAUCUUGCCCUUUCCAAACUCUGAGAAGAGUUUCUUUCUGCCUGAUGACAUCAUCCAGGAAGUGAAGGAAGGCAAGCUGUGCUUGGAGGAGGAGCCCAAGGAGGAGCUGGAGCUGGAGCGGGAGCAGCCUGCAAUGCACGAAGAAGGAAGUAACUCCUCGCUCAAGAUGUCAGAGCGGACCAGCAGUAGCCGUGACAAGGAGAAGGGUGGUGUUGAUGGUGCAGCUACAGGAGGAGGAGGAGGAGGAGGAGGAGCUGGUGGGAAGGAAGCAGAAAAGAGGAAGAGGAGUCGUGGUGCUGAGAAGCUCCUGUCGUCGUCCAACCCUGCCAGUCCCGGAGGAGCCAAGAGAAGACGUACAUGACCGUGCGACUGGUCAAUUGAGAUGAGCUGGUGUCUCUCUCUUCAUGACCUUUGUUAGUGACUAGAGGUCAAUGCUCGGUUGCGUUUGAAUCGUGAUUAGCUGCCAGAAAGUUGAAGACCGGCACACUGCGUACACAGGAAAUGGACCCUGUUAGCGCCAGUAUAUCAUUUUUGUCUCUCAGCAGAUGACAUCCUGAUUUUCUGGAGCUGUAUUGUCAUGAUUAGCAUGCGAAAUUAGCCUGCCAGCUGAGCCAUGGCUUUAGAUUGAUGAUCUUUUUAUUUUCGUCCCAUUUUGAUGUAUGAAAAGAAUCAUCUGUUUACUUCGCUGUUUUUCUGUCAACAACCAAAUGAUGCUCAUUAUUAAAUUGAUGUCACACACA